ACCGCGCUGCCAUGUCCCCGACCCUCGUCUCCUCCGCGCAGGUCGCCGCAUGGAGCCCCCGGAGCCCCGCUGAGCCCGCGAUGGACGGUGCCCGGCCCCCCUCCCGCAGCCCCGGCCCCGGCCUGCUGCUGGCGCUGGCCCUGGCGCUGAGCGGGGCCCCCGGGGCCGGCGCCGGCCACUGCAAGGGGCAGCGCCAGGUGCUGCGGGGCGCCCAGGGCUUCGUCAGCGACGGGCCGGGCAACUACUCGGUGAACGGGAACUGCGAGUGGCUGAUAGAAGCACCCAGCAGCCGGCACCGGGUGCUCCUGACCUUCCUGUUCAUGGACACCGAGUGCACCUACGACUACCUCUUCGUCUACGACGGCGACUCCCCGCGCUGCCCCCUGCUGGCCAGCCUGAGCGGCAGCACCCUGCCCCCCCCCCUCGAGGCCACCUCUGGCAAGAUGCUGCUGCACCUGUUCAGUGACGCCAACUACAACCUGCUGGGCUUCAAUGCCAGCUACCGGGUCUCGCUCUGCCCCCGCGGCUGCUCCGGCCACGGCGCCUGCGAGCCCCACGGCCAGUGCCGGUGUCAGCCUGGCUGGGGGGGGCUGGACUGCGCCGUGCCCCACUGCGACAGCUACUGCCUGGGCCACGGGGCCUGCGACCAGGAGUCUGAUCGGUGCUGGUGCCAGCCAGGCUUUGUGGGCGAGGCCUGUGACCUGGCGCUGGGCGAGAACCAGGGUGCCGGGCGCUGGUACAACCUGAGCUCCGGGGACCCCCACUUCCGGCCCCGCACGGCAGCCGCUGGCGCCGUCCUGCCCCCCACUGGGGCGCUCUACAUCUUCGGGGGGCUGGACCUGAACACGGCGCUGGGCGACCUCGUCAUCUACAACUUCACCUCCAACCUGUGGCAGCGCUGGGUGCUGAGCCCCUCCCCGGCGGCCCGUCACUCCCAUGUGGCUGUGGCCUGGCAGGGCUGCCUGGUACUGUGUGGGGGGGAGCUGGCCAAUGGCUUCCUGGUCAGUGACGUCUGGAUGUACCAACCCCAUGAGGGGCACUGGCUGGAGCUGGCCCCCCCCAAUGCCACAGCCUCUUUGCCACCCGGUCUGGCCAGCCAUGCCGCAGCCGUGGUCGACACGUGGCUGUACGUCUUUGGAGGCCGCACCGCCGUGGAUGUCUUCUCCUCGCAGAUGUUCCGUUUCCAUCUGGAGAGGUGGCAGUGGGAGCGCGUGGUACCCGCCGGGGGGAAGGCACCUGCUGCCGCUGGGCACUCCAUGGUCUUCCACCCGCCCUCCCGCGCCCUGCUGGUGUACGGGGGGCACCGGCCCUCCACAGCCCGGUUCAGCAUGCGGGUGAACAGCACAGAUCUGUUCCACGUGGACCUGCGCCAUUGGAGCCCCUUGCGCGGGCGCGACCCCCAGCACGGCCCCCGGGAACGCGCCUUCCACAGCGCCAGCCUGCUGGGCAACUACAUGGUGGUGUACGGGGGCAACGUGCACAUUCACUACCACGAGGAGAAGUGCUACGAGGAUGAACUUUUCUUCUACCACCUGGGCUGUCACCAGUGGGUGCCUGGCCAGGCACUGGCGCGGAGCCUGCCCCACGCAGAGCUGGCCGGGCGGGCGGCCGGGGGGCGCUAUUCCCACGUGGCGGCUGUGCUGCAGGACAACGUGCUGCUGGUGGCUGGGGGAUUCAGCGGGGCCCCCCGCGGGGACCUCGUGGCCUACAAGGUGCCCACCUUCGUCUUCCAGGUGCCUGCCCAGAACUACCACCUGGAUUACUGCUCCAUGUACUCGGAGAGCAGCACCUGCGGGAAGGACCCCGAGUGCUCCUGGUGCCUGGAUGCCUGCCAGAGCCCCGCGCCCCACAGCAACUGCCCCAGCACCGGCUGCCUGGGCCUGGCCCGGCUCCUGGUGGACUGCGAGUCCUGCCUGGCGUUUGGGGGGGCCGGCCCCCCCGUGCCCCAUGCGCCGGGGCCCUUUGGCUGGUGUGUGCAGAAUGAGACUUGCAUGCCUGUUGCUGAACAAAGCCGGUGCCGUGUGGGGCAGAUCUCGGGCACCUACGGCUGGUGGGGGCCACGCCCCGUGUUCAUCACCUCCCUGGAAAGCUGCCAACACCUCAACUUCCUGCCUGGCCUGCACCUCAUCACCUACCAGCACCCCCGCAACGACUCACAGCCUGACAAGGUGUCCAUCGUCCGCAGCACAACCAUCACGCUGAGCCCCAGCUCGGAGAUGGACGUCUCCCUGGUCUACAAGGGCUUCAUCUACCCACUGCUGGCCGGGCCCCCUCCUGCCCCCCACAUCUCUGUCUGGGCCCGUGUGCAGCGCCUCCACGUGAUCGCCAAGCUGGGCCGCGCCCCCAACACCCCCGAGCUGGAGGAGGUGGGGCGCUGGGCCGUGCAGCAGGAGAAGGAGACGCGCCCCCUGCAGCGCCCGGGCGCCCAGCGGCUCUUCGGCAGCCCCGAGCGGGGCAACAAAUACCUGGUGCAGGUCGAGGGGCAUCUCAACAGCUCGGGGACCGGGCAGAGCAGCGAGCUCACCCUCGUCUGGGACCGCACCGGGGUGCCGGGCGGCAGCGUGAGUGACCCCCUGGGUGCCCCCCACCGUGUACCUCCUGCCCCUGUGUAAACCCCCGGGACACCC